GUAUCUUCUAGAAGCUUUGCCAGCAAAUGGUAGUACUCUCUUUCUGUAUGCUCUGUUUCCUUUUCGCUAUGUGUCUACUCUCUGUUUCCUUGUUCUGUUUUUCUUUUCUUGCUCUGUUUUUAUUCGUUUUGCCGGCGUAUACGUUAAUUAGGUCAAGAAACUAUGUAGUAACGUCACACGUAGAGAGCAAGCAACAUGAAAACAGAUCCAUUUUUUUUCUUUCUUUAUUUAAACUUUGUAUUAUUUUUCCCUCAGUAAUGGAAAAUUUAAUCUCUAUUCUUUUAAAAAUGUUAGACCCUUUCUUUCUUCUCUAUUAACAAGUAUGUUUUUUCUUAUCUUUUUGAUGAUUCAAAAUACGUUCCAUUUCCUAUAAAAUUUGUAUUUAUACGAUGACGAUUUUGGUUUCGUUGCUUAUUCUGUUUUUUCUCGCUUGGUUGCGUUUCAAAUACAAUCAUUACUUUAUGCCACUACAAAAAAGCAUAGACGUUAAGACAUUUGUAAUUACUGCAUAUCAUCAUGAUUACUUGUUUUUAUCUCUUUUUCAUUUUUCUUUUCUUGGCUUUAUCUUUUUAUCCUCCAUACGAAAUAUAAUCAUGCUCUUCUCUCUUUGAUCAUUGAUUUCUUAAAAGAAGAAAAACAAGUUCACAUUUUAUGGACGAGAACCAAAUAUAUGCGACAAAAAAAUAUUCCCUAGUGUAACUCACAUCCGACGUGUGAAGCUGCACAACCCAUGUGUUAUAAAGAAAGAAAUCAAGCAAUGGAGAGGCUGAACUCGAAGCUGUAUGUGGAGAACUGUUACAUAAUGAAAGAAAACGAGAGGCUAAGGAAGGAAGCUGAGCUUUUGAAUCAAGAGAAUCAACAGCUUUUGUUUCAGCUCAAACAGAAACUCUCCAAACCCAAGAAGAAUCCUAAUGGUUCAAACAAUGACAACAAUUUCUGUCCAUCAAGCUCUGCUUCUGGAAAAUCCUGAAUUAAAAUCAAGAAGCAAAGAUCAGGCAUUGGUAGAAGAAAAGAUCAACCGAAGGAUCUGUUGUUGUUGUUGUUGUUUUGUUUUGUUAUUUGGUGUAAUGUAGGGAAGAUGGUAGUAGUAGUAUCCAGUAGUUUGUUAUGAAAAGAAGUUUCUGUUUUACUACAAGACGACAGUGUCUCUCUGUUAGUCUUCUCACUCGUGUUUUUUGUUUCUAUUUUCUAUGUUAACUAAUAAAGAUCUUUGCUUUCUUGUGUGGGA